UCAGCCCUUCACCCUCCUGCUCUUGGGGAGUUUUGAGUUGCUGACAAGAUCAAAUUGUAAGGACGCUAUUGAGUGAACUGAUAGUACACGAUGAUGUCCUUAUCCAGCAAACGGCGUUGAGAGGACUGAUCGAUCACAUGGCAUUUCAUAGUAACCGUAGCAUAUACAACACGCUCAACGUGUUGCUGAAUGCCCCAGGCGACUCCUUUCUUUCCUGGGCGACCGUUUCGCGUCGCUCCUUGAAGUUCGACAAUGCAGACGAUGACGAGGUCCUGGCCAAGCUGAAAAGACUCGUGGAGCAAUUGGAGAGUCCGUUUGACUUCGUUCGACUGCAGGGACUCCACGGCUUGAACAAUGCUAAAAGGGCUCUGGAUGAUUGGUUUGUCGCAAAGACGCUUUACCCUCUAUUACAAAUCUCAUUAGGCAAAACACCGAAUCCAACUGUCAGAGCAGUGUACUAUUCUCUCAAGUCCUACGCGGAGGAUUACUACACGCUCUACACUCAGCUAAAAGAUGAUCAAGCUUAUCGGAAUCUUCUCACUUCGUCCCUCCUCGACAAUAGCACUCCUUUGCGUGAGCGGCGCAGAAUCGUGGAGGAACCUAGCAAUACUGGAAGAAUUUCGGAACAUGACAUACUUCUUCAAUUACGUAUUCUAGGAAGCUCGUUAAGCACAAAAGUGAGCGGAAUUCUCCACCCAAUAGUCAAUGCGGUUACUACGAUACUGUCGCAAUCUCCCGACGAUGACUUCAGACAUGGCAUGCAUUGGCUCUUCAAUGCAUACAAUCUUGGCUAUGAAGAAGUGUCGACUUCGCAAAUAUCCUUGAGGAGGAAAGCCGAUUUCCAUUGUUACAUCGUCAACUUCCCGAAGCCGAUGAUAAACCCCGGAAAUCGCAACAUCCAUCGUCCCGAUAUCAACGCUCAUAAAACCCUUGAGAUACCCAGUAUAUCCGGAAAUGGGCACUUCGUCGACGGUUGCAAGGUUUUCGAGAUACCAAGUGUUCUCGGAAGUGGGCACCUUGUCAAUGCGCUGGGGGAUUAUUGUGCAAAAAGAAACUUCAUGAAAGAGGAGUAUGCAAAGCAACUGCGUCUGCAGAUCGACCGGCAGGCUACUUCGAGUGUCACCAUUGGAAGUGGGAAGCAGGUCGUUACUACAGGAGUAGUAAAAACGUCUUUUCGAUUUAAGGAUGAGAAACAUGAGUAUUCCUUACUCUUCCAUAUCUUGCCGAGUUGUGUGCACGACGUGAUCCUCGGAAAAGGAUUCCUCAAGAUCACCAAAACCUUCUCGAACCUUGCCAACAAGGCUCGCCGCGUCAAGGAACGCCUAAUGAAGGGGAUGCCUCUGCGUCAUCUCCUGUAUUUGGGCGAGUCUGCUCCCCGUUUUCAGGGGCUCAUCAACGGCGUUCCACAAGAGGCGCUCGCGGACUCUGGCUCCAAGGUCAUGGUUAUGGACGAGAAUUAUGCUGAAGAGAUGGGAUUGCGCAUAGUCAGGGGCAGCAAUCACCAAACUCGAUUAAGGUUUGCUGAUGGCUCUACCUCGCUUACCUCUGGCAUGGCUUUAGGCGUGGAGUGGGAGUUUGGACGAGGGGGGGUCAGUGACCGGUUCCUACUCGACUUUCACAUUCUGAAAAAUGCACCGGCGAAUGUUAUUCUCAGCGACCAAUUUCUUUUCGGCACGGAAGCAUUCUCACACUAUGAGUGCUUCCUGGUUGAUGACGAUGACGAGGACGACGACGAAGCUUUCUUUUUUGCUAUAGAUGUUGAUGAGACAAGUCCUGGUCAAGUCCAUUUGGAUAUGUCCUCGUUAUCCAACAAGCAGCACGCCGAAACCGUCCUCCGCGGCGAAAAGGAAGACGAGAUCGCGAAUCUCCCGCGACACCAGCAGGCCGAAGCUUGGAGACGAGAACUAGAGCGCCGAGGGCGGUGGGAGCAAGACUUUGCCGCGCUUCAGCUUUGUCUCUCGACAUUGAUGCAGACAAAUUCUACCUCGUUGUCGUCUUCGUCAUCCAGCACCAGUGGGGCUUCAGCUCAGCUCCUGAUACCGGUUCCUACAACGAUUACGAAGGCGAAUACGGCUGGCAUGAAGCGUCCGAAAUGGCGGUUGAAGUUUAGGCGGAAAAGCUCGACGUGAGCGGUCACCUGGGUGCAGAGCUGCAAUCAGUUACGGCUGGGCAAAGAUGUAGUGCUUAUUAAAAAGGAGAUAAGAGCAAAGUUAAAGGGCUUUUAGAGAGGCUGUGUUCCUAACCAGUAUGAAGUACAGUAAGUAGGAGACUCUGCACGCACCUGCUUGGCUGAUUCGACUUGGCUGGUCUUCUUAUUCCUUACUCGGAUUACAUUUCUUGGGCAACGACGUGGCGGUCAAUAACCCCUUCUUU